AUGGCUUCCCGUUCUGACCCAUCGCAACCUUGUGAAGGAAAUCGGAGCAGGGAGCGCGCUGAUGAUGAUGACCCCGACCCCAACCCCAAUCCCGAUGCUGACGCUAGCGCGGACCCCGACCCCGACGACGACCCUGGCGCUGACGACCCUGGCGCUGACGACCCUGGCGCUGACGACGACCCUGGCGCUGACGACGACCCUGGCGCUGACGACGGCCCUGGCGCUGACGACGGCCCUGGCGGAGAGAUUGGUGGGGAUGGCGAUGGCGAUGGCGAUGACGCCGCCUUCACGGACGCUGACGCUGACGGAGCUGACGCUGACGCCGCCAACUCGAACUCUGCCACCUCCGCCGCUGACGCUUGGAGUUUAAGGAAGUCGGAGAACCGUCUAGAUUUGCGCGGGGUCUUGUCAAGCAAGUUUUCGCGAGCUGCAAGGGUGCACCGGCCUAUUCUCAACUUCUUCCCGAACUUCUUCCCGGCCUCCCUGGCCCAGCACUGA